AUGCCGUUUCUACGACGUGGUGCGGCAUGUUUGUUUAACAGAGGGUUGGCUACAACGACCAAGAUCUCUUCUUAUAGACCCAUUAGCAUUCCCAGCAGCCGUAUACUGCAGACUCUAAUUCCCCGUGGACCGGUUUCUUUUGUUCGGUUCAAUUCGUCGAAGAAAUACAACGAUAAUGGAGAUCGGGAAUUGACCGACGAGGAGGCAGAAGAGCUGCUUUCGGAGCUGAAAAAGAUCUGGAACAACAAGGAGCUCGACACAGAGACCAUCAAGGAACAGUACAAGAAGAUUUUCGACAAGUACGAGAUCGGCGGGUUGAUUUCUCCGUCGUCUUCAAAAAUGAUCAAUACGAUCUUGACAGACUCCUCGGCCACGAGGGCUGGCGAGAAAAUGGAGAACGUUCAGAACUAUCACAAGGCGUUGAUGGACUACCAUUUGGACAAGCAGGACAGGUUUGAUUUCAAGGAUAAAGAGAACGGGAUGUUCAAUAGCAAAUUUGGGCCGUCCAACGGUCAAACUCCGCCGGGAAUUCCUCCAGGGUCGCCGUUGCGGCCGGACGUGAUGUUGUUGGUGUUUUCGAUGGGACUGUUAACAUUCUAUGUUUUGUCACUCGAGUCCAACGAGAGAGAGAUCACGUGGCAGGAUUUCCGCACCUCGUUGUUGGACAAGGGGUAUGUUGAGAAACUGAUUGUGGUGAACAACAACCUUGUUCGUGUGAUCAUGAACGAGUUGGGGAAGAACCAGCCUGUUCAUGAUUCGAGAACCGAGUACUACUUCACAAUUGGUUCUGUGCAGAAUUUUGAGGAGAAGUUGAAACAUGCACAGGAAGAAAACAACGUUCCUGAGGAUUUGAGACUUCCUGUGAUGUAUGUUCAGAACGCUUCGUUUUUCAAAGCAUUCUACAACAUCUUGCCAACGCUGUUGUUGUUUGGAUUCAUUAUUUGGUCGUCGAGAAAGCUGCUGAGUAGUUCUCAAGGACUUGGAAACGGACUGUUUGGCAACAACGCCAAGCAGUUCAAGAGAUUCAAUGCGGAAAAGAGCGUCAAGAUCAAAUUCGACGACGUGGCUGGAUGCGACGAGGCCAAGGAGGAGAUCAUGGAGUUUGUCAAGUUUUUGAAGAGCCCAGAGAAGUACGAGCGUUUGGGAGCCAAGAUCCCAAGAGGAGCCAUUCUGACCGGUCCCCCAGGAACUGGUAAGACGAUGCUGGCCAAGGCGACUGCUGGAGAGGCCGGUGUUCCGUUCUACAGUGUUUCUGGCUCGGAGUUUGUGGAGAUGUUUGUUGGUGUUGGUGCUUCCAGAGUUCGGGAGCUGUUCAAGACUGCAAGAGAAAACGCACCUUCUAUCAUUUUCGUGGACGAGAUCGACGCCAUUGGAAAGUCGCGUUCCAAGGGCCGUGCUGCCGGUAGCAACGACGAGAGAGAAAACACGUUGAACCAGCUGUUGGUCGAGAUGGAUGGAUUUUCCACGUCUGACUACGUUGUUGUUCUGGCCGGUACAAACAGAGCAGACGUUUUGGACUCUGCUUUGUUGAGACCAGGAAGAUUCGACAGAAAGGUCUACUUGGACAACCCGGAGCUUUCUGGCCGUAAGGAGAUCUUUGCUGUUCAUCUGCGCAGUCUGAAGCUGAAGGACGAUGUUGAUCUUGAGGAUCUGAAGGGACGACUGGCCACGAUGACGCCUGGAUUUUCCGGAGCAGACAUCGCCAACUGCUGUAACGAGGCUGCGCUGAUUGCUGCGCGUCACGGCGAGGCGUUUGUGGACGUUCACGACUUUGAACAGGCCAUUGAGCGUGUGAUUGCCGGUCUGGAGAAGAAGAGCAAGCUGUUGUCUCCGGACGAGAAGCGGAUCGUUGCGUACCAUGAGGCUGGCCAUGCUAUUUGCGGCUGGUUCCUGGAGUACGCCGAUCCGUUGCUCAAGGUGUCGAUUGUGCCUCGUGGGCAGGGAGCCUUGGGAUAUGCGCAGUAUCUGCCACCGGACAUUUAUCUGUACAGCACACAGAAACUGCUGGAUCGUAUGACCAUGACGCUUGGAGGAAGGGUGUCUGAGGAGCUGCACUUCAACUCUGUCACGAGCGGUGGAUCUGACGAUUUCGAGAAGGUGACGAAUCUUGCGCAGAAGAUGGUGUUGGAGUGCGGGAUGUCUCCGAAAGUGGGGCUUGUGAACUACAACAUUGACCGGGGCAACGACAUGACCAAGCCGUUCAGCGACCGCACCUCGACGCUGAUCGACUCGGAGAUCCACCGGCUGGUGGAGGAGUGCUACGAGCGGUGCAAGAACCUCUUGACGGAGAAGAGCAAGGAGGUGGGGCUUGUUGCAGAGGAGCUGCUGGCCAAAGAGGUGAUUACCAGAGAGGACAUGAUUCGGUUGCUGGGCAAGAGACCGUUUGCCAACAGAAACGACGCUUUUGACAAGUAUCUUGCCGAGAAGGAGGAGCGCGGCGAGCAGGCCGCAUCAUAG